AUGGCUGAUUCACUCUCAGUUAAUGUUGGUUCAUUACAUAACCUUGAAUUAGAUGCUAAACAAGCAAAAACUACCACCAAUGAGGCUAAACACUUUGCAUCUAGCAUCCAAAAGGCUAUUGCUGAAUUUGUGGGUACAUAUGUUCUUAUAUUUGUUGGUUGUGGGGCUGCUCUUGUCAAUGAGAGGUUUCCGAUCACAGUAGUUGGCAUAGCAAUUGUUUCGGGCUUGGCUUUAACCGUCGCUAUAUAUUCGGUUGGUCAUGUCUCUGGUGGUCAUUUCAAUCCUGCCGUCACAAUUGCGUUGGCCGCCGUCCAAAAAAUCCAAUUCAAACUUGUACCUGUUUAUGUGGUGUGUCAGAUAAUGGGUGGAACAUUGGCCACUCUCACUUUGAAAGUGUUGUAUCAUAACAAGGUGGAUAUUGGUGUAACACUGACCCAAUAUUCAAAUUCAACUUCUGAUCUUGAAGCAUUGUUGUGGGAAUCCAUAAUCACUUUCAUAUUGAUGCUUACUAUUUGUGGUGUUGCCACUGAUCACAGAGGAAGCAAAGAACUUGCUGGAGUUGCUAUAGGCAUUUCAGUUCUGAUUAACAUCAUCAUUGCCGGGCCUAUUACGGGAGCUUCGAUGAAUCCUGCGAGGAGUUUAGGUCCUGCCAUAGUAUCAGGCAAUUACAAGAAAAUUUGGGUUUAUAUCAUAGGUCCAACUAUUGGAGCAGUCUUUGCAAGUGUCCUUUACACUUUCCUAAGAGUAACAAAACCAACGCAACAAGAACUACCAUAUAUCACAUGUGAAAUACCAUAAGCAUUUAACUUUUUGAUCCAUAAAUUUCUAUGACCUUGAUCAAGCUUUUUGAGGAUCUGUAAUCUAUAGCAACAAAAAUAUAUCUGUUUUAAUCAUAAGAACAAACCCGAGUUUAAGAGUGAAGCAAAGAUUCGAAAGUUGGUGUUUUUUUUCUGGUCACUACACAAAAUAUAUAUACUUUACAAUAGGACUGCUACACAUUUUUGUACAAGAAGCAAAAGGGAAUGCAGAUAUGAAACUGCCCCGAAUGAACUGAAAUUUCCAAAAACAUUGAACAUCAGCAGUUAAUAAUUUGUCAACACUUUCCCAAAAUGAGCUUUCAUGUAAUAAUCUCGAAUUCCAUGUUCUCCAUCCCACUUGGUGAGAUAGCAUUUUCCACAUCCCAUGCUUCAAGUCUGCGUUG